UGCUCAGUGGCAAUUUAAAUAAAUAUUCACAGCAAAAUCAGGAAUCAUUUUCACAUAGUGUAAUUUGUAGUGUGAUGUUCCCGACGGGAUGACCGUGAUGACGACAAGGCCAAGGGAAAUUAUUGAAUUAAAUAGUUGCGCAAAAAUAACAGAAAUUUGUUGGAUUUUUUUUUUAUCAUUUUCUAACUAGUCGGAACGGGUUUCUGAUAUCCAGCAACCUCUUCAGAAAUGAAUACUUUGCGUUCCUUCAGAUUUGAUUUCGAUUUUUUCCUUUAAGUUUGUAUCAUGGCAUUGUCAUUGGUGAUUAAUUGCUGUACAAUUACGACACAAGCAAGAUAUAGCUUCAAUUAAUGUUGCAGGGGAAAGUUAUCCACAAGACAAAUAGGUGUGACAAACACUUAAACAAAACAACUUUAAAGAGAUCGUUGUAAGUCGGCUGUCAUCUUAGUUUGAGAGAUGAGAAGGGAAACAAUUUCGGUUUCCUUCCUGCCGGUGACGUUUCCUGGGGUAAUAUCGAUGGCAUUCUGGCUUAACGACCGCAAGCAGAAUUUGUUUUCGCUUUUUUUUUGUAGAAGCCUUAUUUUUAGCAUAAUUUGACAUUUGGCAAUAUCAAGAAAGAUUGGGGCAAUCAAGUGAUUUUCCACAGCACUCUGAUCGAGAACCUCUUAUUGUUGCCUAUAAGGAAUGCUCUUUUUUGGUUAACAAUUGAUAACAUCCACUCACACAUUUUAAACAGUAGUAAUUUACACACCUGUAUUACACCAUAACGUUUGUUCAUGCAUUGUGCAAACAGAAAAAUCGUCGACAACAUAACUGACAUUACGUCACUGAAGAUGGAGGAACUCGGCGCAAACCAAAACGACAACGUCACUGCAAGCAGUAGCAUGACACAGUUCUCUGCUACCAGGAUCAUCCAAAUCAUGCUGUAUUUUAUUCUAUCUUUCGUUGGAAUAGCAGCUAACAGCAUGAUUUUUCACACGCUGCUGAGCCGUAACAAUCCGAGGGUCGGUGAAUACCUCAUUCUCAACUUGGCACUCACGGACCUGGCCACGUGCGCUGUGAGUGUUCCAUUUGACUUGGCGGAACGUCUUGCAGGGGGAUUUCCAUUUGGGUCAAUCAUGUGUUACGUUGUGUAUCCCUUACAGACAGUCCUCAUGGCCGUAUCGGUCAUCACGCUGCUCUCCAUGAGUUUGGAACGCCGCCGUGUUGUAAUGGAACCGUUUGCACGCCCAAGAGUUCUUCCAAAGACGACCAAGAUCGCCAUCUUGGUCUCGUGGAUCGCCCCUAUCCUGGUCAUCAUCCCGUACGCACUUGUACUGAGACUUGAUGGGAAAAAUUGCCUGGAAAAAUGGUCGGAGUCUUGGCACGUCAAAGUUUUCACUCUUACCAAUUUUACCGUGUUCUUCGUCAUACCGAUUGCGGUGAUCACCACGUCUUAUAUCAUGGCUGGCAGAAAAGUGCGAAAGGAGCUUCAAAACCUCGACGACAUGUUAGAGGGAAAAGACAGAUCGCACAGGGAAUACCUCAAGAAGCGCACAGUGCAAAAGCUUAGAAUUACCAAGGUUUUUAUCACGGCUGUCGCGGCUUUUAUUGUUUGCAUGCUACCGACGCACUUAGUUUGGAUCUGGCACGAUUUUGCCCAAGGAGAUGAGAAAGCGUACUUCAAAGACAUCGUGAUCUUCAGUAACAUUUUAAUGUAUUUAAACAGUGCAUUGAAUCCGUUCAUCUUCAGGAGUGUGAGAGGGAAAUCUUUCACUCGGUUGAUAGCAUGCUGUUGUAAGAAGUUUACCAAGAACUCCGCCUCUACCGCGGGAUUAUUAUUUCUUCCUCAAGUUGAGCGAGAGAGGGCUAUCAGGGUCACCAAGUCUUUCUCCCGAACCUCUGAUGUCACAUUUCCGACAGCUGACGUCUGUUACGAAACGAGCGUCUAAAUAAAAUAAAUAAAUAAAUAAAUAUAUAAAUAAAUAAAUAAAUAAAUAAAUAAAUAACUUUAUUGUUUAAGAGAUAUUAUUAUUGUACAUGUGCCUUUUAUGAACUGCAACCCGUAACAAAAACUCUCAGGUGUAUCGUAAUUUUACAAAACGUGGCCUGAAUUAAUCUAGCUUGGGGCAGGCUCACCUUUGAGUCACACGCGCGAGUCCGCGAGCAAAGAAAUCCAACGAGGAGGGAUCUGGUGAAGAAGUUUAUUGAAUUAAUCUAGAUCAUUCUAAACUUCAUGUUAACGCAGCUCCUAAUUUCUGUUAAAAUAAUUAAUUAGAUAUAUUUACUUUUUCAUUUCGCACAUUGUUGUAUUUAAAAUAACGAGAGUGACGCUUUCAGUUUUGGACCUAAACUACUGAGGUAGAAAGCGACAUUCUUUGUGUAUCCGGGCAGUCUUAAGGUUCUCCAUUCAAAAGCACUAAGUGGAGCCAAAAGAUUAUGAUCCUGCUGGAGCAUGAUAGUACACAUGCCCUUAACAAAUACAGAGGUGACCCGGCUAAUCGAAGUGAAAACACGCAAAUUUGUGAGAACCACUGUCCCCCCACCCAAAAACCGUAUUCGAUCGUGUCAGUGAAGAAGAUCUAAUCAGCUGUGACUGAUAAUGAAUGAACCAAGGAAAAACGCAAGGCUGAUCAAACGGUUUACGAACCAUAUUACAUUAGUUCCAUUACUUCAAAAGGUAUGGCUUUUCUUCUUCUACAGAGUCCUACAAAGAAGAAAUGAAAGCCACUGCCUUUCAGUAUUAGAAUUGAUAUUAUAGUUUUCCUUUUUAUUCGCUAAAGAAAGCGCUUGUUUCCAUUAGACAUAAAACAGUAGGAAGGACCAAUGUAAGGGGCGCACCGCUUACAAGGUUCUUUAUCAUUGGCCAAACGAAACAAUAGAUACAGAACACAAACAAUUUCCCCAGCCCUUAGAACAAAAGAAGUGCAGAUAAACAAGAACGAAACAAAAUAGAGGUUCGCAAGAAAUGACUUCGCUCCAAGACAAAAUUAAAUCGCAUAAUUUCCAAUAUACUCCCUGGGAAAAUAAUUUACAUUUUGAGCAUUUUAUGAGUGUAAAUUUUAGACCGUAAAUACACCUAUAAAAUACGUAUUGUAAAAAUUAGUUAACCAA